AUGGAGAGAAGUACAAAGCUAGAAGAGAAGGGCAAGUUCAGAGGCAGGGAUCCAGGUGAGGUGCUGCCUCCACCCAGCUACUCAAACCAGAACCUGACAGUCAUGUUUGGCUCCCCUUCCUUGGUGCUCCCAUCCAUUUCUUACCUACGAGCUGAAAUUCUGCCUCCUGUAUCUUUUGCAUUUGGUCAUCUCUCCAUGAGCAUAGGAAACCAUACCCUCACAAUGGUUCUAGAAGGAAUCUGGACAAGUCUUACCACGUGGACUUUCUAUGCUUUGAUUCCUUGCUUGCUCACAGAUACAGCGGCCUUUCUACCUGCCCCACAGAACCUCUCUGUUCACUCAACCAACAUGAAGCAUCUCUUGACGUGGAGCCCAGUGAUCCUGCCUGGAGAGACAGUAUACUAUUUUGUGGAGUAUCAGGGGGAGUACGAGAGCUUGUACAUGAGCCACAUCUGGAUCCCUAGCAGCUGGUGCUCACCCACCGAAGGUCCAGAGUGUGACGUCACGGAUGACAUCACUGCCACAGUGCCGUACAACCUCCGUGUCAGCGCCACAUUGGGCUCUCAGAGCUCAGCCUGGAGCACUCUGAAGCACCCCUUUAAUCGAAACUCAACCAUUCUCACCCCACCCAGGAUGGAAGUCACUAAGGAUGGCUUCCACUUGGUUAUUGAAGUGGAAGACCUGGGGCCCCAGUUCGAGUUCCUCGUGGCCUAUUGGAGGAGGGAGCCUGGAGCCAAGGAACACAUCAAAGAGGUGAGGAGUGGGGGUUCUCCUGUGCUUCUGGAAACCAUGCAGCCAGGGGUCACAUACUGUGUGAGGGCCCAGACCCGGGUGAAGGCCAUCAGGAGGUACAGCGCCUUCAGCCAGGUGGAAUGUGUGGAGGUGCAAGGAGAGUCUCUCCCCCUGGCACUGGCCCUGUUUGCCUUUGUUGGCUUCAUGCUUAUCCUCGUGGUUGUGCCGUUCUCCAUCUGGAAAAUGGGUCAGCUGCUCCGGUACUCCUGCUGCCCCAUGGUGGUCCUCCCAGACACCUUGAAAAUAACCAGUUCAUCCCAGAAGCUAAUUAUCUGUAGAAGGGAAGAGGUGGAUGCCUGUUCCAUGGUGGUGCUGUCUUCUGAGGAGCUCUUCAGGACCUGGAUCUAG